AUGGCUUCCAAGGCCGCUCCCUCUCGAGGAUUCGACGUCAAGUCCGCUGGACACCCCAACCAAGCGUUGUACUGCACCAACCUUCCCGAUAAGCUCAAUAAGCAUGACCUUCGCUCCUCGCUCUACUCCCUCUUCUCCACGUACGGCACCGUCCUCGACGUGGUCGCUAUGAAGACCAGCAAGAUGCGUGGACAGGCCCAUAUCGUCUUCAAGGACAUCCAAGCCAGCACACAAGCCAUGCGCGCACUCCAAGGAUUCGACUUUUUCGGCAAGGAGAUGAAAAUUGUCUAUGCUAAGGGUUCGUCCAAUAUUCUGGCCAAGCUUCGCGGCACGUACAACCCACCCGCUCUCGGCGCUGCUCCGACCGGAGCUUCGACGGAUCUUCAAAAGUCUAUCUUCAGUGGCCCACCGGGCGCAAUUCCCUCUCGACCAGCGGCUGAGACGAACGGAGAGGCGCAAGGUGUUAAGCGACCUCGGCAGGAUGAAAGUGACGAGGAAGAGGCGCCGAUGGAAGAGGACAGCGACGUGUCCAUGGAAGCCUCCUCCGAUGAAGAUUAA